AUGAUUGCGAGAGAUAACUCGAGUUGUUGGGAGAGAGGAAACGGGACGGUGUGGGAUUUUAACUACCCUUCCUUCGCGGUUUCGGCGACGGCUGAGGAGGUGGUGGCUAGGGUUUUUAAUCGGGUGGUGACAAAUGUUGGAGGGAGUGGGAAUGCGAGUUAUAGGGCGGUGGUGGAGUCGCCGGAAGGGGUUAGGGUUCGAGUGAGUCCUGGGGUGUUGGGGUUUAGAGCGGUGGGGGAGAGGUUGAGGUUUGUGGUGACGGUGGAAGGUGCGGUGGCGGCGAAUUCGACGGUGUCCGGGUCGUUGGUUUGGGACGAUGGUGUUCAUAAGGUUAGGAGCCCGAUUGUUGUGUUUGAUGUGUAUAUAGCAUACAUGGGCAACCGUCCAAACAGCCAAGCUUCUCUUCCCGCGCUACACUUCGGCUUGCUUCACCGCAUCAUUGGCAGUGCUAAGGUCGCCUCCGAUUCCUUGAUCUACAGCUACCACCGGACCUUCAACGGCUUCGCUGCCAGACUAACGGAGGCCGAGCAUCAGAAACUUUCCGCCUAUGAAGGUGUAGUUUCUGUGUUCCCGAACAAGAUCGCGAAGCUCCACACUACGAGAUCAUGGGAUUUCAUCCGCUACCCCAAGAAUGCUUCGAAAUCCACCCGCCGCCAACAGAGCAACCUGAUCAUCGGAGUGCUCGACACCGGAAUAUGGCCGGAGUCCCCGAGCUUCGACGAUUCCGGGUACGGCCCACCUCCAAAGAAAUGGAAGGGUAGCUGCCAAUCGUCCUCCAAUUUCACCUGCAACAAUAAGAUAAUUGGAGCUAGGUACUACAAUGCGGAAGGAGAUUAUGGUCCAGGAGACAUCCCUUCGCCGCGGGAUUCCGAAGGCCAUGGAAGUCACACUGCAUCCACUGCAGCAGGGAACUUUGUCACCCCUGCUAAUCUCUAUGGCAUCGCCAACGGGACUGCCCGCGGAGGGGUCCCCGCGGCUCGAAUCGCAGUCUACAAGAUCUGCUGGGCUUAUGGAUGUUCAUAUGUUGAUAUUAUGAAAGCUUUUGAUGAUGCUUGUUCUGAUGGAAUCGACAUGGUCUCGCUCUCGGUCGGUGGUUCGCCGUUGGAGUAUUUCCGUGACCCCAUUGCUAUUGGGGCUUUCCAUUGCAUGAAGAAGGGAAUUUUAACCUCCAACUCGGCUGGCAACUCCGGUCCUUUUCCUGGAUCAGUCUCCAAUAACUCUCCUUGGUCACUUACUGUUGCUGCAAACACCAUUGACAGAAAGUUGACGACCAAUGUCAUGUUGGGUAAUGGCGAAAUUUAUAAUGGGAGCUCUCUCAACACUUUUGUGCCCAAUAAACCGAUGUACCCCCUUAUAUACGGUGGAGAUGCACCAAAUAGGACUGCAGGAUAUGAUGGGUAUUGCUACUCGGGUUCCUUGGAUAGAAACCUGGUGCAAGGGAAAAUUGUUUAUUGUGAGGUUGCCAGCCAGGGAGAUGGACCUAUAGAAGCUGGUGCUGCUGGUGCCAUUAUGGGAAACUAUCCACAGGGAGAUGUGGCGUUUCCUUUCCUUCUUCCAGUGUCUCUCUUGAACGAAACGGAUGGAAGCGAUGUUUUGACGUACUCGAACUCAACCAGCAAUGCAACUGCUACCAUAAGGAGAAGUACAGAAGCCACAGAUAAGUUGCCAUCAAUGGUUGCUCUCUUUUCAUCAAGGGGUCCAAAUACAAUCACUCCUAAUAUUCUCAAGCCAGAUAUAGCCGCACCAGGAGUAGACAUUCUAGCGGCUUGGUCUCCAGUGAGUCCUAUAACCGAGUUACCAGCAGAUCCUAGAUUCUCUUAUUACAACAUCAUCUCAGGAACAUCAAUGGCUUGUCCGCAUGCGACUGGGGCUGCUGCUUAUGUCAAAUCCUUUCACCCCACAUGGUCCCCUUCUGCUAUCAAGUCUUCCCUCAUGACCACAGCUUCUCCAAUGAGUUCUGAGGCCACCCCUGAUGCUGAACUUGCCUAUGGAGCAGGGAAGCUUAAUCCUGUGAAGGCUGUGAAUCCUGGGCUGAUAUAUGAUGCUGAACCAGUAGACUAUGUCAAGUUCUUGUGUGGACAAGGCUACAGCACAAGGGUGUUGCGGCUUAUAACCGGAGAUCGCUCUGCUUGUUCUCAAGCGAUCAAUCAGACAGUUUUUGAGCUGAACUACCCAUCUUUUGCCCUCUCGGUCUCCGGUUCUUCAAGUAAUGUCAGCAGAACCUAUAAGAGGGUUGUGACUAAUGUUGGAGUAGCAAAUUCCAGUUAUAAGGCGAUUGUGAGUGCCACACCUGGGCUGAAGAUCCACGUGGCUCCUGGUGUCCUGUCUUUCAAUUCUCUUGGUGAGAAGAAGUCGUUUACCUUGAGUAUUCAAGGAGCCAUGGCUGGGAACAUAAGCUCGGCUUCUUUGACGUGGGAUGAUGGAGAGCAUCGAGUGAGGAGUCCCAUUGCUGUGUUUUCAACCGAGCUUUAGGACAAAUUGAUGGAGCUGGCAAAGUGAGGUGCAAGCUGCAGAGGAAUGAGGGAAAGCACGGAUAUUAUUCAUGAGUCAUAUUGAUAGUUGAUUUUCUUAUGGGGAAAGGAUUCGAAGUUCAAUCUUAUGUUGCUGUAUUUGUUUUUUAUUUAUUUGAUGUAAUGACGAAUUAGAUGCGGAGAUGUGGGCAGGACUCAGGAUUACCUGAUGCGAUCCUUUGUUUGAACCUGUGGUUGAUGCCGAUGUCUGUAAUAGUUAUACAUUGUGUACAUGGGCGACCGCCCCAAGGCGGAUGUCCCACCUUCCGCACUCCACCGCAGCUUGCUCCACCGCGCCACCGGCAGUCUAAGACUUGCAGCAGAUUCCUUGGUCUAUAGCUACCACAGGAGCUUCAACGGCUUUGCUGCCAAGCUGACCGAGUCCCAGAAGGACAGACUAGCCGGAUACAAAGAUGUAGUGUCUGUGUUCCCUAGUCGGAUGAAAAAACUCCACACCACAAGAUCCUGGGACUUUCUGGGUUUCCCACAGAACGUCACAAGAGCAACGGUGGAGAGCGACAUUAUCAUCGGAAUGCUCGACACCGGAGUUUGGCCUGAAUCCCAAAGCUUCAACGAUUCAGGCUAUGGUCCUCCUCCAAAGAAAUGGAAGGGCACCUGCCAGUCCUCUUCCAAUUUCACCUGCAACAAUAAAAUCAUUGGAGCUAGAUACUACCACACUGAAGCCAACUUUACUACAAAAGAUUUCUCAUCCCCCAGAGAUUCCGAAGGUCAUGGGACUCACACUGCAUCCACUGCAGCAGGCAGCAUUGUAACACCUGCCAGUGUCCUUGGCAUUGCUUCUGGGACAGCCCGGGGAGGGGUGCCCUCUGCCAGAAUCGCUGUUUACAAAAUUUGCUGGUCCGCUGGAUGCUCCGACGCGGACAUUUUAGCAGCGUUCGAUGAUGCCAUCGCAGAUGGAGUCGACAUAAUCUCCCUCUCGGUUGGUGGGUUUUCUGCAGUGGAUUAUUUUGAAGACUCCAUUGCUAUUGGGGCUUUCCAUUCCAUGAAGAACGGAAUUCUUACGUCCAACUCAGCUGGUAAUGCUGGCCCUGCUCCUAAAACUGUCUCGAAUUGCUCUCCUUGGUCGCUUUCCGUGGCUGCUAGCACCACAGACAGAAAGUUUGCGACUAAUGUGAAGUUGGGCAAUGGAAAGGUUAUCAAGGGAAGCUCUCUGAAUACAUUUGAGCCUGGUCAGAAGAUGUAUCCCAUAAUCUAUGGUCGCGAUGCGCCAAAUAAGACGUCUGGUGGUGAUGCGUCAAGGUACUGUUAUCCAGGCUCAUUGGACAAGGAUCUCGUGCAAGGGAAGAUUGUGUACUGUGAUGAUGCUUCCGGUUCCGUAGAGGGACAGAUCGAAGCGGGCGCCAUUGGUUCUGUAAUUCAAUCUUCUUCACCUUAUGCAGAAAUGGAAUCUCCAUUCCCUUUACCCGUUUCCCUCCUGGGUGCUGCUACUGGAGCUGAACUUCUGGAAUACUUAAAUUCAACAAGUUAUCCAACUGCAGUGAUAUCGAAGACCUCUGAAUACGUAGAUUCUAGUUCAUCCCCUCAUGUGGUGUUCUUUUCAUCAAGGGGUCCUAAUCCCAUAACAAGUGACAUCCUUAAGCCGGACUUGACAGCACCAGGAUUGAACAUCUUGGCUGCAUGGUCUGAAGGAACCACUUUGUCAGGUCAAACUGGAGACAAGAGAAUCGUCCCAUAUAACAUCAUCUCUGGGACAUCCAUGUCUUGCCCCCACGUGUCGGGAGCUGCUGCUUAUGUUAAAUCGUUUCACCCUACUUGGUCUCCUGCUGCCAUUAAGUCUGCUCUAAUGACAACAGCUCGUUCGUUGAGUGUCAAAGACAAUGCUGACGCGGAGUUUGCAUAUGGGUCGGGCCAAAUCGAUCCUGCAAGAGCUGCAGAUCCUGGACUAGUAUAUGAUGCAAGGGAGAGUGAUUAUGUUAAGUUGCUUUGCGGCCAAGGAUACACCACAAAACAACUCCGCCUUGUGACAGGAGAUCAAAUUGCUUGUUCAACGAAGACGAACGGGACAGUGUGGGAUCUGAACUAUCCUUCUUUCGCUCUAUCGUCGUCCACGUCUGGGAACUCUGUGACCCAAGUGUUUCACAGGACCGUCACUAAUGUUGGGAAGCCGGUGUGUAGCUACAGGGCGACGGUAAAUGCACCGUCGGGGCUUAAGGUUCAGGUUGUGCCAGAUGCGCUUAACUUCAAGAGCGUUGGUGAGAAACAAGAGUUUGUUGUGACAGUCACUGCUGCAUUGGGGAACUCUACGAUCUCUGGUUCUCUGACUUGGAGUACUAGUGAUGGCGGCCACAUGGUUAGAAGCCCAAUUGUGGCGUUUGUGCGUGACUGAUGUAAAGCGGUUCAAAACCAAAUUUAGAUUUUCUCAAUGUCGUUAGCAAUUCAGUUAUCGAUUUGUUGAUGUUUUCAAUAUGAUUCAUGGUAUCAAUAUGGUAAAAAACAAUUUGCAUAUCCUUUUUCUGGAAAAAAUCCAAAACUACC